UAUUGUCAUCAUCCUCAGAUCAACGUCCUCCAGCCAGUGAAGACGCCAUGCUCAUGUCGUUCCCUCAUGGCCGUGUCAUGACCGCCGUCACCUCCCUCCAGUCGCGGCUGAUGUUCGCCCUGACCUUGGCUGUGCUGCUCUGCCCCUUGGGCUCAGUGACGGCUCAGGGGGAAAGUCAGACCCAGUCUCCUGCCCAGGUGCUCCAGGACCUUCUGGCCCGCUAUGGUGACAACACCACCAUCACGGUGCCCCAGCUGCGCUCCCUGCUGGCGCUCCUCAGCCAGGAUCGGGGUGACGGUAACGGCGAAAGCGGCAAUGUGCCCGAGUCACCGACAAGCCCACCUCCCAAAUCCAACAGGUCCAAGUGCCUGCCUGCAGACACGUUGGCCAUUUACAGCAUUAGUGAGCAGUCGCAGCUGGAUGGGCAGGGUUUAACGGAGCUGUGCCCCACCAUGCUGCAGCAGCUGGGUGCUGGAUCCUGCAAGGUGCAAAAAGAGGACACGCUGAGCACCGACCCCCCCCCCAGGCCCUCAGGAGCUGAAGUGUGGGGUUAUGGGAUCCUGUGUGUGACACUCAUCUCUCUGUGUUCGCUGGUCGGGGCGAGCGUGGUGCCCUUCAUGAAGAAAACCUUUUACAAGCGACUGCUGCUCUACUUCAUAGCCCUGGCCAUUGGCACGCUCUACUCCAACGCCCUGUUUCAGCUCAUCCCAGAGGCGUUUGGUUUUGACCCCAUGGUGGAUUUCUACGUGUCCAAGUCUGCAGUCGUGUUCGGAGGAUUUUACCUGUUCUUCUUCACUGAGAAGGUUCUCAAAGUGCUGCUCAAACAGAGAAAUGGGAGCCACGGUCACAGCCAUUACCCCAGCGCAGAUCGUUGCUCGUCACCUGACAGGGAUUUGGAGGAGGGCGAGAAGGAGAAGCUGCAGCAGAACGGAGAAGCCGGCAGUCUGGCUGCGGGCAAAGUGGACGCCGGCGAGGGCGAGCUCAUGCUCAGCCCCGCACAGACGCCGCAGGACUCCCAGAGACCAGACAGCUCCGGGAGAUCCGGAGGAGGCGGUGGCUGCUAUUGGCUGAAGGGGACGACCUAUUCUGACAUCGGCACUCUGGCGUGGAUGAUCACGCUGAGCGACGGUCUGCACAACUUCAUCGAUGGCUUGGCUAUCGGAGCGUCCUUCACUUCGUCCGUCUUCCAGGGCAUCAGCACAUCUGUGGCCAUCCUGUGUGAGGAGUUCCCCCACGAGCUGGGAGACUUUGUGAUCCUGCUGAACGCCGGCAUGAGCAUACAACAGGCUCUUUUCUUUAACUUCCUGUCGGCCUGUUGCUGUUACCUGGGAAUGGGCUUCGGCAUCCUGGCCGGCAACAGUUUCUCACCCAACUGGAUCUUCGCCCUGGCAGGAGGAAUGUUCCUCUACAUCGCUCUGGCAGACAUGUUCCCAGAGAUGAACGAGGUGAGUCGCGAGGAAGAGGACGCCGGCGGCAGCAGCUUCCUCCUCACCUUUGCCAUCCAGAACGCCGGCCUGCUGACGGGCUUCUCCAUCAUGCUCCUCCUCACCAUAUACUCCGGACAGAUACAGAUGGGCUAGCACCAGACUCCUCCGCACCAACACCGGCCCGUGCAGCGUGAACCUGGGACAUCUUCUGGUUUGUGCCGGUGGAAACUGGCUCAGAGACGAGGAGGCUGAAACUUCUUUUCCUCUUUAUCUUCCUCCCUUCUUAAGCUAUCUGGACUCUGGAGUUUGGGGAGUUUAGCUGUGCGGCAGGUACGCACACUCCUCUGUAGUACAUAUUUGAGAAGCUGUUCAUACAUGCAGUAUAUCCCAGGCAGGGGGGGGGGGCUGCUACUCCCUCUGGAGCAUUAACCGACGCAGCGUUCAGCCUACAAAGACGACUAAAGAUGCGCUGAGCAGUUUGGCAAUACUCGGCCAAACUUCUCUAUCCCUCAAACUGCUGAUCGGCCAUUGCGGCUCCUGCUCUUGUUCUCUCGACCUUCCCUCGGUGGAAGCAACCGAGCCUCGUCCAGAGUCCGUUGAGAUUCAUUAGAUGUUGAGUGUUUGUGUCACUGAUCCUCUGUGGCUGUAACGUUCCCUCAGGGGGGGAGAAAAGCACAAUCAGGUAACAGCAGCUGUGUUAAUGACCUUAAUGAUCUUUAUGUCCUUUAGACUCCUCGACCCCCCCCCGUGUUUUCACUCCACACCAAAAACCAAUUAUUAUGGAACUGAAACUGGAAUUCAUAUCAAGUGUUGACAUGAAACUGGCUUCCAGCUGGACUUUGUCGUUUGUGUGUUGAUGUUAUAUUUUCUUACACGUGAAAAAUGUGAAAAAACGAUCAGUCUUUUGAAGAAUAUCGGCAGACGGACGAGAACGAUGAAGGGCUACGCAGUGACGUCAUCCUCCUGACUUGUCUACAUCCUCGACAGGCAGAUCCAAAAUCCUCCCGAAGUUAUUUCCUGUAAAAAGUUUGAUUUUAGUCACUAUCCUCAGCAGCACUUUCCAGUCAUAGUUUAAUACUGUAAACUGAAUCAUACACGUAUACGCACACUUUGUCUACGGCUCGGGUCUGUGGUCCUAUCUUUAUUAAUCAUCCAUAACAGAAAAAUGAGAUUAUAUACUUUAUUUAGUUACUGUACCUAACACUGUGUGGCCAUAAGUAUGGAGACAGACAUUUAUUUGAAGAACCAAUAAGAUGGGUUGAAAACACAAAUCUCUCCUCUGAUAUUAUUCAGACUCUACGAUGCAAAAUAGACAAAAAACUUUCAGGACUGCGUUUGGGUUCGACCCCUCGAUGAAGAAGAAAAACUUUUUGAGCUGAAUCAAUUAGUUUAUUAAUCGAUUCAUCUUAAAUUUAAUCUGCAACUAUUUUAGUGAAUCGAGCUGAAAUCACUGGUUCCAGCAUCUUAAAUAAAAUAAAUAAAUAAAUAAAAACAGACAGUUUAAUAUGUGUUUUGAAAAAUGUGUGAAUAAAGUUACUGAUUAUUUUGGAUUCGCUGACUCAAUAAAUUCGCCAGUUCUUUAAAAAGAUUCAUUUGGAAGAAUUCAUCUCUGAUCCUCUUGUGGCUGAACACGAGCAAACAGCUGCCGCCAAAAGAAAGGAGGUGUUUAGAUGUCCGCAUACUUUUGGCCAUGUAGUGUAACGUAAAUCUGAAGGGAUCCAGUGAACGUGAGAGCUGAAAUGUCUGAUUGUUUCUCUGCAGCAUUCAGGGGCCGUGUCGCUGGUGUUUGUCAUGUGUGUUUAAAUGUGACUGGUUCUACUUUAACUAACUCUAACAUCCGUGUUGUGCAGUUCAGUCCACGCUCGGUGGAUCUCUGUUGAGCUACAGCUUAACGAUAUCUUCGGUUGCACAGACUCUUCACAAUAUUCAAAGUUCAACCAGUCACCAGAAGCUACAAUGUGAGUCACGGUUAAAAUUGUAGAAUAUUAUUUAUUAGAAAUAGAAACGAGAAGAAGUGAUCGGAUGUUGUGUUGUACAGUCGCGCUAACAAAUUAAAGAGAUUUCUGUUAUUUCUGGUUGGAAAGGUGAAGCCAUUGAAACAACUGGUACCAUGCGGGUACAGUGUUACUGCUGUGUAAUCACUCUAAUGUAUGGGGGGUUAUUUAUUAUGGUUUGAGCCAUAAAAUAUUUAUUUCAUGAUUUACACCGGAUAUGAAAAGGUUAAUUUUAGUUUUCCACUAUGAGCACGAGGGAGUGUUUGUCAUUUCUUUUGUUCUGAUAUUACAGCUGAAGUCGGAGUCGCUGCUUCACACAAACCUCAGUGUUCUUCAGUUCACACACUAACAAUAGACCACACAACAAACACACAGGAGCAAACACACAACUCAAGUGUUGCUGCGUCGAACAGCCAACAAACUAACGUUCAACUUUAUGAAGAUUUUAACAGUUAUCAAUUUAUAAAUCCUCUUUCAUACUCGUAAUCUUCUUUAAGAAAGAUAUUGUACCUUGUGUAAUUCAUGUGAAUCCUCAUAAGCCUUCUCGGAGUGUCAUGGGAGAACUUUUUUUUAUAAACAUAA